UGUCCAGUUCCAUGUGGAGGUAAUCUGACCCAGCGGACCGGUACCAUCUUGUCUCCGGGUUUUCCUGAGCCCUAUCUCAACAGCCUCAACUGUGUCUGGAAGAUCACGGUUCCGGAAGGAUCAGGAAUACAGAUCCAGGUGAUCAGUUUUGUGACUGAACAGAACUGGGAUUCUCUAGAGGUGUUUGAUGGAGGAGACAACAGUGACACCAUGCUGGGCAGCUUCUCAGGAACGACGGUCCCAGCUCUCCUGAACAGCACGUCCAACCAGCUCUACCUCCACUUCUUCUCUGACAUCAGCGUGUCUGCUGCCGGCUUCAGGCUGGAAUACAAGACGGUCUCUCUGACUAGUUGUCCAGAGCCAGUGGUUCCUAUGAAUGGUAUCAAGGUGGGAGAGAGACUCCACAUGAACAGUGUCGUCUCAUUCCAGUGUGAGCCAGGAUACACAUUACAGGGAAACUCUCACAUCUCCUGCAUGCCAGGGACCGUCAGGCGAUGGAACUACCCACCUCCACUCUGCAUCGCCCAAUGUGGAGGAAUCCAGGAGGAGAUGGAAGGCAUGAUCCUGAGCCCUGGUUUCCCAGGCAACUACCCUAGCAACAGUGACUGUACCUGGCGAAUCUACCUGCCUGUGGGAUACGGAGCCCAUGUCCAGUUCCUCAACUUCUCCACCGAGGCUAACCAUGACUCUCUGGAGAUAAGGAACGGCCCACUGGACACCAGCACUGUGAUUGGUCGAUUCAGUGGACAGGAUGUCCCGCCCUCCCUGCUCACCACCUCCCAUGAGACCACAGUGUAUUUCCAUAGCGACCACUCCCAGAACAGGCCAGGAUUCAGGUUUGAGUACCAGGCCUAUGAGCUUAAUGAGUGUCUGGACCCGGAGCCGUUUCGUUACGGCGUGGUGGUGGGGGCAGGCUACAACGUGGGCCAGUCCAUUUCCUUCGAGUGCCUCCCCGGCUACCAGCUAAUGGGACAUUCCAUCCUGACCUGCGAACACGGGACUACACGCAACUGGGACCGCCCCUUCCCUCGAUGUGAAGUCCCCUGUGGGGGUAGCAUCAAGUCAGAAAACGGAACUAUCUUCUCUCCUGGAUAUCCAGAGGAGUACCCUAGCUCUGCUGACUGUACCUGGCUGAUCACCGUAGCAACAGGGCUGGGUGUCAGACUCAACUUUACCCUGCUGCAGGUCCAUGGGCCGCAUGACUUCAUCACUGUCUGGUGAGUAUUUAUAUAUAUAUAUAUAAACCUUUAUUUAUCCAAGAAAAUUCACAAGUCAGUAGUCAGACAUACAACCGAAGCACACACAGACAGGAUAAUCUGUAGGCAAAACUGUACAUCCAGAUUCAUAAAGCUAAUAUAAUAUAAAUAAAUAUUCUGUACAUCUAUUCCUAUGUCUCAAAUGGCACACUAGUCCAGAUUUAGUGCACUACUUUUGACCAGGGUCCAUGCACAAUGGCGCCGACAGAGAUGGUCGCCUCGUUUCAGGUCCUUAAGAAACUAUGCAGUAUUUAUUUAUUCAUGUUUUAUUUCUUACAUUGUUAGCCAGGAAAAUCUAAAUAAAUCUGCAUACAGCCGUGAGGAACUAUUGGAUAUAAAAGCGAUGUCAAUUUACCAACAUUACAGACGGAGCGGCCUACUGGUCAGACUCAGAAGGCGAGCACACCAUCCACUGCUUCCGAGCAUACUACUCGCCAAUGUGCGAUCUCUAGACAACAAGGUGGACGAAAUUAGGGUUAAAUUGCCUUCCAGAGAGACAUCAGAGAUUGUAACAUUUUAUGUUUCACGGAAACAUGGCUCACUCGGGAUAUGUUGUCAGAGUUGCUACAGUCACCUGGUUUCUUCAUGCAUCAGAAGAUGGUAAGAAGGAGGGCGGGGUGCCUUAUGAUUAACGACUCAUGGUGUAAUCACAACAACAUACAACUCAAGUCCUUUUGUUCACCUGACCUAGAAUUCCUUACAAUCAAAUGCAGGCCGCAUUAUCUACCGUCAUCUUAGAUUAUAGUCACAGUCG